AUGGGGAAGAAGAAACAGGAGAUGGCUCAAAUAUAUAAUGGGUCUAGUAAUGAAUUUAUAUUUGAAGGACAAGGUGGGAAAGGUAAAAAUUUAUCAUCAUUUUUAAAAAACUUAUCAUUAACAGGAAACAGCAGUCGAGAUUCCAUUGAGGAAGCAAAUAGUAAUAUAUAUGGAAAUUUAUCAUAUAAGAAACCAAAUAAUAACUCAAAUCCGCAUAUAAAUAAUUCAUCAUUAUAUCAAGGUAGUUCAAAUAGAAGUACUAGCUCUAGUAAUAUUCAUACAAGCUCGAAAUCAGAUAGACACGUAAGAUAUAAAGAUUCAGAUGAUGACUGGGAUGCAGACAUAAAUGAAAAAAAUACCGGAACUACAUCAUAUUCGGCUCCAAUGAUGGACUCGUUGUAUCCAGAUUUAACUGUUCAAUUAAAUCAUGAAACAAUCACCAAACAAUCAAUAGAUAUAGAAGAUAUGAAAACAAAAAUAGAAAUUAAUAAAUUAAACUUAUUAAAUAGUAAAUAUGCAAAAUUUAGAACAAUAUUAACAUCAGAAAGUAUAAUUGAUAUACAAGAGUUAAGAAAACUAUCAUGGAAUGGAAUACCGAAUGAAUUACGAGCAUUAUCAUGGUUGUUAUUACUAGGUUACCUCCCCACAAAUAAAGCAAGACAAAUAUCAACACUAAAAAGAAAACGUCAAGAAUAUCUAGAAGGUAUAAGAAAUGUUCAAAUAAAUUUUGAUGAACCAGAAAAUAAUCUGACAACUUCAUUAUCAAAUGCAGGUAGAGAAAAGCUAAUAUAUCAUCAAAUAAAAAUUGAUGUUAAAAGAACUAACCCUACUAUACCAUUAUAUGGUUAUCAUAACACACAAGUAUCACUUCGAAAAGUAUUGUAUCUUUGGGCUAUAAGACAUCCAGCAAGUGGUUAUGUUCAAGGUAUAAAUGAUUUGGCAACUCCGUUUUUUCAAAUAUUCUUAAAUAAUUAUAUAUGGCAACUACAAAGAAAACAAACAAAAUCAAAUCAAGAUGAAGAGUUGUUUAUACCAGGAUAUUUAGCAUUGGAUAAUGAAAUAGAUGAAAAAGAAAACCAACUAUUGGAAGAUCCAAAUUUACAAAACUAUAAUCUCGAUAAUUUUGAUACAUCAAAAUUAAGUAAUAGAGUAAGAUCAAUUAUAGAAGCAGAUUCUUAUUGGUGUUUAUCAAGGUUGCUAGAAAAUAUAACAGAUAAUUAUAUUCAUGAGCAACCAGGUAUUAUAAGACAAGUUAAUGAAUUAAAAAAUUUAAUGACUAAAAUAGAUAAUAAUUUACUAAAGCAUUUUGAAAAUGAAGGUAUUGAAUUCUUACAAUUCUCAUUCAGGUGGAUGAAUUGUUUAUUAAUGAGAGAAUUGCCUAUCAACUUAAUAAUUAGAAUGUGGGAUACUUACCUAAGUGAACAACCACUAGGUUUCAACACAUUUCAUACUUAUGUAUGUGCUGCUUUCUUGGUUAAAUUUUCAACAAUUUUACAACAGAAAGAUUUUCAAGAAAUAUUAUUGUUUUUGCAAAAUCCACCAACUGCUAAUUGGAAAGAAAAAGAUGUGGAAAUGAUGCUUUCUGAAGCUUUUAUUUGGCAAAGUUUGUAUAAAAAUGCAUCAGCUCAUUUAAGAUAA